CCCCUCCCCUCCCCCGUCUCCGUGACAACCAAACCCGGAAACAGAGCACAACGCAAAGAAAACCAGCAGCGAAUCCCACACAUCCUCCGCCUGCCAUCUCCAACCCUCGAUCAGGUUGGUAUUCCGGCGAACCCUCCACUCGGACUCCAACCCGCCCCGGUCUCGGCCGCGUCCCAGUCCCCCCCCCCCCCCCCUUCAAUCCCUCUUCGUCGGAGCCAGAGGUCCCCUGCGGCAGCAGUUCGAGCCGAAUCGCUCCUUCUUCCUCGUCGUCAGGCACAGCAACAGAGAGACAGAGCUCACCGGCGGCGGCGGCGGCGAACCGGACAUGUGCGUGGAGGGAUUCGAGGACGCGCAGAUCGAGAGGCCGGCAGAUUUCGUGAUGGAGAGAGUUUGUGAGAACACGGUGUCCAUUGAUUUCAAGCAAACUACAAUGGUGACUGUGAUUGGAGAGAGUUGGCACAAUUUUGUCCCAACUAUCCGGUCAGGGGACUGGUCUGACAUUGGUGGCCGUGACUACAUGGAAGAUGCGCAUGUGUGCAUCCCCAACCUAGCCAAGAAUUUUGGUUUUAACAUGGUGGAUGAUGAAGUUAUUUCCUUUUAUGGGGUCUUUGAUGGCCAUGGUGGAAAAGAUGCUGCACAGUAUGUUCGCGAUAACUUGCCACGGGUCAUCGUGGAAGAUGCUGCUUUUCCUCUUGAGCUUGAGAAGGCAGUCAGGAGGUCGUUUGUGCAAACUGAUAGUCAGUUUGCAGAGAAGUGCUCUCUACAUGAUGGACUUUCUUCUGGAACAACCGCACUUACAGCAAUGAUUUUUGGAAGGUCUCUUCUGGUUGCAAAUGCUGGUGAUUGCCGAGCGGUCCUUUCCCGGCGCGGCGCCGCAAUCGAAAUGUCCAAGGACCACAGGGCCUGCUGCCUGAAUGAAAGAAAGCGGGUCGAAUCCCUAGGCGGCUACGUCGACGACGGCUAUCUGAACGGCCAGUUAGCGGUCACCAGAGCGCUCGGUGACUGGCAUCUCGACGGGCUCAAGGAGAUGGGCGAGCCGGGAGGCCCGCUGAGCGCUGAGCCGGAGCUCAAGAUGAUCACGCUGACCAAGGACGACGAGUUCCUCAUCAUCGGCAGCGACGGCAUCUGGGACUUCUUCUCCAACCAGAACUCGGUGGACUUUGCACGGCGGAGGCUCCAGGAGCACAACGACCUGAGGCGGUGCUGCAAGGAGAUCGUGGAGGAGGCGAUCAGGCGGGGCGCCACCGACAACCUGACGGCGGUGAUGGUCGCCUUCCACCAGGAGGCCCCUCCCCAGAUCAGGGUGAGCAGGAUGGGCAGGGUGGAGCGGAGCAUCUCGGCCGAGGGGCUCCAUAGCCUCAGGGUGCUCCUGGAAGGCCAGUGAUCUUCGGCGGCGCGCCAUUGUCGCCGCCUUGUUCGUUCUACAUUGUUGAGCGUCAACUGUAAGUACCGAUUGCGGCCUCCCUGCUGUUGCUCAUGUUUGUCCGUCCGUUCAUCAUCCAUCGUCGUCGUCGACAUGCCAGUGGUGGCUCUAUUGCUACCUGGGAGGAAUAAAACCAACGAACCUGGAGAAGGUCUCACGCGCCAUUGUGAAUUGUGAGGCACCUGUAAAUAUAAGUUGGGAGCUUAGGGUUGGUAACAGAGUCAGUAGCGUGCAUCCAGGGGGCUUUGAGGCUCAUUAUGAGAUGAGAUGAGAUGUUUUUCUUCCCCCCUGUUUCUAUUUUGUCUGUAAAAGAAACAAUCCUGUCUGAUGAUCAUUAUUAUAUCAGUGUAACUAGAGUUGUGUCAUGUGAA